CGGUUCAGGGGCGCGGGCGCGGCGGCGGCGGCGGCCCGAGGCCUGCGGCCUAGGCCUCAGCGCGGCUGCGGGCUCGAUUGCGGCGCGGAGCCGGCCAGCGGGCCCUGAGCGGCAGCACCAUGAGUGUGGAGGCGUACGGCCCCAGCUCGCAGACGCUCACCUUCCUGGACACCGAGGAGGCCGAGCUGCUCGGCGCUGACACGCAGGGCUCCGAGUUCGAGUUCACCGACUUCACUCUUCCCAGCCAGACGCAGACGCCCCCCGGCGGCCCCGGCGGUCCCGGAGGUGGCGGCUCGGGGGGCCCGGUCGGCGCGGGACCUGGCGCUGCGGGCGGACAGCUCGACGCUCAGGUGGGAGGACCUGAGGGCAUCUUGCAGAACGGCGCCGUGGACGACAGUGUGGCCAAGACCAGCCAGUUGUUGGCCGAGCUGAACUUCGAAGAAGACGAGGAGGACACGUACUACACGAAGGACCUCCCAGCGCACGCCUGCAGUUACUGCGGAAUACACGAUCCUGCUUGCGUGGUUUACUGUAAUACCAGCAAAAAGUGGUUCUGUAACGGACGUGGAAAUACUUCUGGCAGCCACAUUGUAAAUCACCUUGUGAGGGCAAAAUGCAAAGAGGUGACUCUGCACAAGGAUGGGCCUCUGGGGGAGACGGUCCUGGAGUGUUACAACUGUGGCUGCCGGAACGUCUUCCUCCUCGGCUUCAUCCCCGCCAAGGCCGACUCGGUGGUUGUGCUGCUGUGCCGGCAGCCCUGCGCUAGUCAGAGCAGCCUCAAGGACAUCAACUGGGACAGCUCGCAGUGGCAGCCCCUGAUCCAGGACCGCUGCUUCCUGUCCUGGCUGGUCAAGAUCCCUUCAGAGCAGGAGCAGCUGCGCGCUCGGCAAAUCACCGCCCAGCAGAUCAACAAGCUGGAGGAGUUGUGGAAGGAGAAUCCUUCUGCCACCUUGGAGGACCUGGAGAAGCCAGGGGUGGAUGAAGAGCCCCAGCACGUCCUCCUGCGGUACGAGGAUGCCUACCAGUACCAGAACAUAUUCGGGCCUCUGGUCAAGCUGGAGGCUGACUACGACAAGAAGCUGAAAGAGUCCCAGACUCAAGAUAACAUCACGGUCAGGUGGGACCUGGGCCUUAACAAGAAGAGAAUCGCCUACUUCACUUUGCCCAAGACUGACUCUGGUAAUGAGGAUUUAGUCAUAAUUUGGUUAAGAGACAUGCGGCUCAUGCAGGGCGACGAGAUAUGCCUGCGGUACAAGGGCGACUUGGCGCCCCUGUGGAAAGGGAUCGGCCACGUCAUCAAGGUCCCUGAUAAUUAUGGCGAUGAGAUCGCCAUUGAGCUGCGGAGCAGUGUGGGUGCGCCUGUGGAGGUGACGCAUAACUUCCAGGUGGAUUUCGUGUGGAAGUCCACCUCGUUUGACAGGAUGCAGAGCGCACUGAAGACCUUUGCCGUGGAUGAGACCUCCGUGUCGGGUUACAUCUACCAUAAGCUGCUCGGCCACGAGGUGGAGGACGUGAUCAUCAAGUGCCAGCUACCCAAGCGCUUCACGGCACAGGGGCUGCCCGACCUCAACCACUCUCAGGUUUAUGCCGUGAAGACUGUGCUGCAGAGACCGCUGAGCCUGAUCCAGGGACCGCCAGGCACGGGGAAGACAGUGACCUCGGCCACCAUUGUCUACCACCUGGCGCGGCAAGGCAAUGGGCCUGUGCUCGUCUGUGCUCCAAGUAACAUAGCUGUGGAUCAGCUGACCGAGAAGAUCCACCAGACGGGGCUGAAAGUGGUGCGGCUCUGUGCGAAGAGCCGCGAGGCCAUCGACUCGCCGGUGUCGUUCCUGGCCCUGCACAACCAGAUCAGGAAUAUGGACAGCAUGCCAGAGCUCCAGAAGCUGCAGCAGCUGAAGGACGAGACCGGAGAGCUGUCAUCUGCUGAUGAGAAGCGGUACCGGGCCCUGAAGCGCACGGCUGAAAGGGAGCUGCUCAUGAACGCAGACGUGAUCUGCUGCACGUGUGUGGGCGCGGGAGACCCCAGGCUCGCCAAGAUGCAGUUCCGCUCCAUUCUAAUCGACGAGAGCACCCAGGCCACUGAGCCGGAGUGCAUGGUCCCUGUGGUCCUCGGAGCCAAGCAGCUGAUCCUUGUGGGUGACCACUGCCAGCUGGGCCCCGUGGUGAUGUGCAAGAAGGCGGCCAAGGCUGGGCUGUCCCAGUCGCUGUUUGAGCGCCUGGUGGUGCUGGGCAUCCGUCCAAUCCGCCUGCAGGUCCAGUAUCGGAUGCACCCUGCACUCAGCGCCUUUCCUUCCAACAUCUUCUAUGAGGGUUCUCUGCAGAACGGAGUCACUGCAGCGGAUCGUGUGAAGAAAGGGUUUGACUUCCAGUGGCCCCAACCUGAUAAGCCGAUGUUCUUCUACGUGACCCAGGGCCAGGAGGAGAUCGCCAGCUCGGGUACCUCCUACCUGAACAGGACGGAGGCUGCAAACGUGGAGAAGAUCACCACGAAGCUGUUGAAGGCGGGCGCCAAGCCAGACCAGAUUGGCAUCAUCACACCCUACGAGGGCCAGCGCUCCUACCUGGUGCAGUACAUGCAGUUCAGCGGCUCCCUGCACACCAAGCUCUACCAGGAGGUGGAAAUCGCCAGUGUGGAUGCGUUCCAGGGGCGCGAGAAAGACUUCAUCAUCCUCUCCUGCGUGCGGGCCAACGAGCACCAAGGCAUCGGGUUUUUAAACGACCCCAGGCGGCUUAACGUGGCCCUGACCCGAGCACGAUACGGGGUCAUCAUUGUGGGCAACCCGAAAGCACUGUCCAAGCAGCCACUCUGGAACCACCUGCUGAACUACUACAAGGAGCAGAAGGUGCUGGUGGAGGGGCCCCUGAACAACCUGCGGGAGAGCCUCAUGCAGUUCAGCAAGCCCCGGAAGCUGGUCAACACCAUCAACCCUGGAGCCCGCUUCAUGACCACAGCCAUGUAUGAUGCCCGGGAGGCGAUCAUCCCAGGCUCCGUGUACGAUCGGAGCAGCCAGGGCCGGCCCUCCAACAUGUACUUCCAGACCCAUGACCAGCUCGGCAUGAUCAGCGCGGGGCCCAGCCACGUGGCUGCCAUGAACAUCCCGAUCCCCUUCAACCUGGUCAUGCCGCCCAUGCCCCCCCCAGGGUACUUUGGGCAGGCUAACGGGCCGGCUGCAGGCCGGGGCACUCCAAAAGGCAAGACGGGUCGUGGCGGACGCCAGAAGAAUCGCUUUGGGCUUCCUGGGCCCAACCAGACCAACCUACCCAGCAGCCAGGCCAGCCAGGACGUGGCGUCCCAGCCUUUCUCGCAGGGCGCCCUGACCCAGGGCUACAUCUCCAUGAGCCAGCCUUCCCAGAUGAGCCAGCCCGGCCUCUCCCAGCCUGAGCUGUCCCAGGACAGUUAUCUUGGCGAUGAGUUUAAGUCCCAGAUCGAUGUUGCGCUGUCACAAGAUUCCACAUACCAGGGGGAGAGGGCCUACCAGCACGGCGGAGUCACGGGGCUGUCCCAGUACUAGAAGGUGGCGGCAGAAGAGCUAAGCUACGUGGCUUAGUCCAUCAGCAUCUUAUUCUGGGUAAUAAAAAAUAAAAAUCAAUGGAUACCUGUUUUCCACUGCUAAAACUGAAGCACCACUGUGAGCGACAGGAGAGGGAGAGGAUCACCCGAGAGAGAGCAGCCCGAGGUAGCAAGUGCCCACUGCUGGCAUCGCGGCGAGGAGACGAGAGGGAGCGCGGAGCUGGGGCCGGCCCGCCCGCGAGCCCUGCAGCCGCUCGCCACGGAGGCCCCGCUCGCCGCAUCCACACCGGGUCUGCAACCAGGCGGAGGGAGGAAGACCCUCAUCUCAGAGUAGCCCUUUCCUCUGUUCUUUCUUUCUUUUUCUCUUUUAUUGAAAGGGGACUACGUUUUCGCAGGAACAACCCGCGUUUCUGUGCUGAGCAGGCUCCUUGCAGGUGGCAGCUGUGCCGAGAGCCUUGCAGAGGCUCAGGUUUGUCGCGCUGAGACCACGUGGUUACGCUGCCUGUGUUCUGAGAGGGUUUUCAUUUAAAGAAAAUACUGUGUUUGGGGAUUUUCUGUUUGUUUUUUAAAGAUUCUUUCAAAGGAGUACUGAAAAAUACUUUCCUGAGUUUCUCUCAGAUCUUAGUGGUGGACCUGGGAGAUGCAAGAAGCUUCCAGAAACAAAGUUUAAAGGAGUCACACGACAAGGUUAGGAUCAGCUCCUGUGAGGUAAUCAUGGAGAGGAGGAUUUUUGUUUUCAGUUUAGCUUCCAGUGGCUUCUCCCUGUGCGUCAGGGCAGUGAAGGGGCGCGGCCCCAGCCGAUGGGCGGCUCCACGGUCCCUGCUGGACUCCAAGAAGCAAGGCGCUUCCCACGAGCAGCAGACUCGGCUCCCUGCGGGAUCCUGGCAGGACUGACCGUGAGGACGGAGGGCAGGAAGGUGGCUGGUCACCGGCCGGUGGCUUCCCCAGAGCCCGUCCUGAGGAAGACGGCAGCCCAGAGGACACUUCCCAGGGACGUGCCCACAGUCACUGUGGCUCAGACAAGCCGAGCACCCCGCCCCCCUUAUGCCCACCCCACUCCCACAUUUGGAGCCCCUCUACCUGUGGGCACAGCUUCGAUGAGGUGGGGUGGUUUCUGCCUUUUUUGGAAAAAUGUUUCAGAAAUAAGUUGGUUCUGUGCCAAAGGUGCUUGGAGGAGUUGGUCACCUCAGCUGGUACAGGGGCAUCGGCCUGGGUCUGUUCUGGAAGUUCUCGUGGCUUGGAGAGCCCCCCUCAGCUCCUUGCACACCAUGGGGUGGGGGUUAUUAGUCUCUGGUGACCACCUCGGGGACCGUCCCCUGCCUGCCCAGGCCUUAGUAACCUUGACCCCCAGCGUCCCCUGCCCACGUGCCCUUAUCCCAAAGCCUCCAGAUGCCAGCUGGUACAUGGAGAAAUGGGGACACACAGGCACCUUUCUUCUGGCAAGGCCUCUUAUCCCAUUGCUGUAGGGCUUUGGUCCCCUUCUUUGGAUAGGCCACCUAGAGGCAUCUGGCUUGGAUAGGCUUCUGCUGUGCCCCCUACGCCCGCCCCACCCCGUUCUUCUGGAGUGCUCUGCCUCUGUGCUGUUGGCUUUGUUCACCUUCUAGCAGCAGUUACUCUGAGUUUUCCAAAUCGAGCGUCUGUACCAAGGCAAUGUCACUUCUGAUUUUUGGUCAAUUUGUUUUAAGCUCUUUUUGUCACCAAUAAAAUCUUAAACAAC